AUGAAAUUCCUCAACCUGCUUCUAACUCUUUCGCCGCUGGCUCAAGUCUCCUCGGCUAUACCUCAAGAAUGGGGCAGCUCCACUGGGCCAUUGGGGGGCAAACUGGUCACUGACCCUGCGCGCCUGUCAGAACUGCAUGCAAUGCACGAUGAGGUGAUCAGGAUGUUGAACACGGGCGAGGCUCUCCCGGUAGAGCGGUCGACGAACCUCACUGAGAAUGGCCAGCAUGACAAGCGCGUGUACCAGGCCUUUGGCCUCCUCGGAGUUUUUGUCGCAUCCAUGUUCGGUCUCAAGACCAUCGAGGAAAUUACCGACCAAUUACUGGAGCUCUUUACAUCGGACGACAUUAUUUGGACGAGCAAGGAUAACUGCCGCGCGUCUUUCAGCACUCAAGGCGGGGGGAACGAAGUGUUCCGAACUUAUGGAAAAGACCAUGGGAAUCCCACAUCCGAGGUAUACAAAAAUGUCGGAUGGAAUGACCCUGAGCACACUGCUCCGCCGCUCCAUUUCUUCGAGGGAGCUCAGGGCGAUCCUGCUAUUGGUCUCUACAGUGUGCAGUAUACGGCAACGGACAGGGUUGCCUGGAGUGGUAUUCCAGGCACAGAGAAGUGUUACAUCGAGGGGCUGUGCAAUCCUCAGUACAUCUUUUACCACAGAGGCUUUCAGAUGAUUCUCAAUACAUGGCAAUCCCAGGGCCGCGUCUCAGCUUGCCAAUACUCGGGCGGAGAGAAGUGCCUGGGCUUGUGCUCCUCGGGCGUGAAGAGCCAGACCCCCCAAGGCGGUCUUCUUUGGGGCGGGGACUGCGCGAUUCCUUGCAUUGAUGACGCUUCCGAUGACUAUGUCGUACUUCCCAACGAGCAGGCAAAAUUUAUGGUGGUGGGAGACUCGAUAUCACAUGGAAUGGAGGACGACUGGACGUGGAGAUACCGUCUCAGUCAAUGGUCACUCUCCACUGACCUAGUGGAUAAAAACGGAUACAUACACCAGCCCUUAUUCCCGGACGAGAAGCCACCGCCGGCGGUUGAGAUCCGCGGUUCUUACGCCCCGGGAGUGGCUGAAAGCUUCCGCGACAGCGGCCAUGCUGCACUUUGGGGUCGUCAAGUCGAACAGUCCAAAAACACCAUCAAGGGUUGGGUCACCGAAUACAAGCCGGACUAUCUCCUGAUCCUGCUAGGCUUCAACGACCUGGGCUGGUGGGUCAACGGGCCCGAGGACCUGAUCGGAGACAUGGGGAAUCUCGUCCAGGCUGCACGCGAGGCCAAGCCAGACAUCAAGCUUCUCGUGGGCAACGUCCCCCAUCGCUCGUUUCUCAAAGGCCGACAGGACCUGGUUGACAUGACGAACAAGUACAACAUCCUCCUGCGGGAUACUCUUCCAAACUGGUUCCGGUGGGAGUCUCCGAUCGCUUACGUCGAUGUUAAUACCGAUUACGACUGUCGCCCGGGCGGCUGCCCCGACGGGUGGGAUGGAUUGCACCCUAAUGCUCUGGGCGAGUACCAUCUCGCCCAGGCCUUUGCCCGAGUCCUGCAGAAAGACUUUGGGUAUAACGGCAUCGAAUUCCAAGUCCCCGGCGCGGUAGAUCCCAGACCUGUGAGCAAGCCAGUCAAUGUGCGGACAGUCUCGUAUCCGGAGGGCUUGUUCACCACGUGGGACCCAGUCGAGAAUAGUCGAGGAUACGAAAUCCGUGCCAGGGGCCUUGUCUACCCAUCGACCCACGGCAGCUGGCAGCAAUGGGUGAUUAACGGCCAGACGUGGGAAUACCAAGUCCGCACCAAGGGUGACAACGAUGUGAGGUCGGACUGGUCGGACUUCAGCUCAGCGACGGCCAAGGUUGCCACAGCUCCGGGACCUUCCAACGUUAUCGUUCAACCUCAAGGAAAUGAUCUCCUCGUGCGGUGGGACGCGGUCACGGGCUACUACGUGAAUCGAUAUGGCGUGCUUGUAUGGGAUAGAGACACAGAGGGCGCCUUUGUCGAGACAUAUCCCACCAUAGACACGAGCUACAUUGUCAAGGGUCUGAAGCCAGGUCACCGCUACGGCGUAUGGGUGGCUACUUAUACCGGUAUGAUCGGCAGCUUAACCAGGACCUCUGCCAUCGUCGGUGGUUUACCCGCCGCCGGACGAGAGGUGAUUGCUGGACAGGGGGCGCCUGCGCCGCCCAGUGGGCUGCGUGUGCACACCAUCGAUGCAACCACUAUCCGACUUGAGUGGAACGCGGUAUCGGGCGCCUCAGGCUACAGCGUUUAUUACAGAAGUAUAAGGGACAAUACGGCGCAGAAGCUAGAUGGUACAACAAAGGAGACAUCAUACGAAGUCGGCUUCCUGUUCCCAGGAAAUUGGAACUUCGAAUUCUGUGUAUCGGCCUUCAACGGUAACCUGGAAACCGCCCCCGUCUCCUGUGUCACCCCUCCUGUUUGCUGCGGCUAUAAAAAAAGAGACCUGGUUCCAGGAAACUAUACCGUCGCGGAAGGCGUAGCUGAAGACACAGCGCUCGCGGAUCUGUUUGCAGUCUACCAGCAGACCGCUGACUUUGCAUCCCUCAUUGAGGUUGGUUAUAUCCGGGAGGAUAUGGAACUGCCGUCCAUCCUAUAA